AAAUUUUUAAGUCAACGUGUAGACAUUUAGAUAUUUCGCAUUCGUUCAAAACACAAUGAAUAUGAUGGGCAAUUAUUGUUGUACCUUCAGUUUAAUUUACGUAACUCUGAUGAUUUGCGUUCUUGGCAGUCCUGUGCCCCGACACUAUGACGAAGUGAAUGUGAUUAAAGAAAAUGAAAUUUCGACGGUAAGAAAAGGUCGUGUUUUUCCGGGUGCUACAGCUAUCAAAAAGUUGAUUUUGCUUAAAUUGAAAAAAGUUCUACCGAUAUCUCUGAUUUUGCUUAGAUCGAAUGAACGAAAUGAAGAAGAGCUUGUACCGGUCUAUACUACCGAUAAUAUACCUAAUAAUGCACAUUUUAUACCGACCCCAAAUGGUAUUUCCAAUUAUAAGGAUGUUCAGGCCGUCGCAGUGCCCAAUAUAUUUCAUCAAGAACUUGUUCUACAUGGCAUGGAUAAUUUAGAGAGUUUCGCCUCGCUUCUAGACGAAGUAGAAGAAGAUAAUAACAGUAAGGGCGAAAGCACCCUUAUAGUAGCUGAAGCUGCAACUAAUAAUGAUAGUGAUGAAGAAGAUGGCGACAACGCAUACAACAUAAAUGACGAAGUGCUGAAUAAACCAGAAAAUGCAAAUAUGGAAUUGAAUCGAUCGUAUGAUGAUUUUUACGCCACAUGGACUGAGAAUCGAAAGACACUACCCCACCCAAUAGAGGAGAUACCUAUUUACUUGUAUACAAUCGUCGAUGCUAAUCAAGCUAUGGAAUCAAGGCAUCAAAUGAAAAGUGAAAAUGAUAAACGUAGAAAAUUCUUCAGAAUAGAAAAUUAA